UACCAACAAUUUUAUUUAUAUUUUUUCAGGGACUCGCAAAUGGACAUCACAAAUUCAGUCAUUGGUUUUGUGAAGGAUUUUGGUUCUACAGUUUGGAAAUAUGUCGAGUAUCAAAUCUGUCCCAAGGAUUACGUACGCGAAUUUGAAGCAAUUCAAAAGAAGCUGGAGGACCGGCUAAAAGACGUUGAGGCAGAAUUAAAGACGCAACUUAACGAGCUUGGAAAGAAGGCAAGGAACGAAGUUGACACUUGGCGGGAGAAAGCACGUAAAGAAAGUGCUGUAAAGGUUGAAGAUUUGGUCUACAAAGGGGGCUGUUUCACAUUUAUCUGCUCAUCGAGAAGGCUCGAUAAAAAGACUCAAGCACUGAAUGAAGGUAUAUUUAACCCAGGAGAAAAAUACACUAAUGCUGGUAAGAGUUUGGUUGUAGAAGAUCACUCAAAAAAAGGAGUUCCACAGCUUGUUGAAAAAUGCAUUGCAUGGGAUGAUGUACAAGAAGAAAUUUUGCAACUGUUGAGGGAAGACAAGGUUACAAGAAUUGCAGUUUGUGGAAUGGGUGGCGUGGGCAAGACAACAAUCAUGAAGCAAGUCCACAACCAACUAUUGAAAGAACCCAAAUUUAAUAAAGUUAUUUGGGUUAAAGCAUCAAAGGACUUUGAUAUUGUUGUCCAGCAAAAAAAACAGUUUGAUAUUCUCGAGUUUCAAACGAGCAUUGUAAGAAAAUUGGGAUUUGGACUGAAGAAUGAGGAACAAGAUGAAAUUGAGGUUGCAGGACAGAUAUCAGAAGAUGUUGGAAUCCCUAGUCUAGUUGGUAGUACUGGUUGCAAGGUAGUGCUCACGACACGGUUACAACAAAAUGUUGCUCGUGCAAUGGAGUGUGAAGUGAUUCAAGUGAAGCCCCUUCUAGAUGAUGAAGCCUUGGCAUUAUUCUUAGAUAAAGUUGGAAGUACUGUAUUGUCCCAUCCAAGAUUCAAAAGUGAUAUAGAGCCAUUUUUUAAACAAAUUUUGAAGAAAUGUAACGGUCUACCUCUUGCUAUCAGGGUAGUGGCAAAGACCAUGAGAGGAAAAUUCGAUCAUUACUCAUGGGAGAUUGCGGAUAGAGAAUUGAGCAAAUCUAAAGAAAUUAUUGAUUGUUUGAAAUUCAGUUAUGAUCACUUAGAAGAACAAUACAAGAAGCAUUUCUUAUAUUGUGCAUUGUAUCCUGAGGAUCACGAAAUCUCAAAAGAAGAGUUGAUUGAGUUUUGGAUUGAGGAGGGAUUUAUAAUAGAUGAAAGGGGAUCUCGGCACUUAAUGAUUUGUGAGGGCCAUGUUAUUCUUGUGAAUUUGCUAGACAAUUGCAUGUUGGAAUUGGUUAAAAAUAAACACAAAGCAGAUUGGUUGAGUUUGCAAGAAUUGGUUGGAAACAAAAACAAAGAAGAUCGGGUGAGUAUGCAUGAUCUUCUUCGAGAAAUGGCAUUGAAUAUCAAUCCUCAAUUCAUGGUGAAAGCUGGCAUGGCCUUGGAAGAGCUACCAGAGGAGCAUGAAUGGAGAGAAGAUCUUUUGAAGGUUUCUUUAAUGAAUAAUCACAUAAGAGAAAUUCCUUCAAGCAUGUUGUCUCCCAAGUGUCCAAUGCUCACAACCUUGUUGUUGUCCAAUAACAAUAUUAUAACAAUUCCAGAAGCUUUUUUUGAUCAGAUGCUUGGGCUGAAGAUCCUUGAUCUUUCCAACAAUGAGCACCUUGGUAGGCUACCGAGUUCUGUUUCCAAAUUGGAGAACCUUACUACACUUCUGCUAGAGAAUUGUAAGUCCUUAAAAGAGAUACCAUUUUUAUCCAACCUUAGAGGCUUAAAAAAGUUAAACCUUUUUGGGACAUCAAUAGAAGAACUACCUGAAGGCCUUAACAUGUUAACCAAUCUAAAAUAUCUUUGGCUUGGUGAUAGAUCACCUGAUAUACCUAAUGGACUGCUACAAAAUCUCUCCAAACUUCAAUAUUUAGGAGUAGAUUGGAGUAUACCAUUGAAAUGGGAGGAGAUUCAAGGAUUGAGGAAGUUGGAAUCUUUUGAUGGCCGGUUCUCUACGGUGGAAGAUAUGAGCCUCUUUGUCAAGUCUGAAAGAAAGUUUUCAAAUGGGGACUGCAAGGAUGUGAGAAGCUUGAACGGCAUCUCUACCUUUCAAGUUGCAACCAACUUGCAGCACUGCACCAUUGAUGAAUGUGAUGGCCUGGAGUUUGUUGUUUCCUCAAGCUGCUUAAAGCCUCUUCAAAAGCUUGAGUCGCUGUACCUUUAUUAUUUGGAUAACUUGAAUGCAGUGUUUGGCGAAGUAGGAGCAGUUACUAAGUCAGCACCACUGCCAGCUGGCACUUUUUGUUCUCUUCAAAAAAUUAAAGUUGAGGAAUGUGGAAAAAUAAAGAAGUUAUUGCCGCUUAGGUUGUUGCGGUGUCUCCAGAAUCUACAGACUAUUAAGGUUAUGCAUUGUUAUGAAAUGGAUGAGAUAAUAUGGUCCGAAUAUGAAGAAGGAGAAGAAGCCCUAGAAAAACUCACUCUACCCAAAUUAGAAAUGCUGGUAUUGGUGGGUUUGUCCGCAUUGAAGGGCAUCUACAAUGGUUCUAGUACUGUUUUGAUCUGUGAUUCCAUGAAAAGGGUUGAAAUUAGGAGUUGUGAUAAAAUAGAGAGUGUUUUUUGGUCGGGGUUCAACCCACUUCCAACUCUUGAGUAUCUAAAGCUUUGGUGUUUAGGGAAUCUAAAAACCGUGUUUAAUGAAGAAGCCCUUGGUUUAUCAAUCCCUCCCACCACCUCUUUCUCUCUUAAAACAAAUAUUGUGUGUGGGUGCCCAAAAUUAAAGAAACUAUUCUCAUCUAGAUGGCUGCUUGGCUACUUCCAAUCUCUAGAGAAUAUUGAAGUUGAAGGCUGUAACCAAAUGAAGGAGUUGAUAUCAUCAUCGACUGAUGAAGAAAAAGAAGCUCUAGAAAAAAUCACUCUGCCCAAUUUACAAAGGUUGAAAUUGAAGUUUUUGCUCGAAUUGUCGAGCAUCUGCAACAGUUCCAGUGUCUUGAUUAGUGAUUCCAUCAAGAGUCUGGAGAUUGGUGGUUGUGGGAAGCUAAAGAGGAUUCCUCUGCAUCUUUCCUCGCUUGAUAAAGGCCAGCCUAGUUCCCUCAAACAAAUUCAGGUAGAUACAAAAGAAUGCUGGGAAUCAUUGGAAUGGGACCAAUCCAAUGCAAAGGAUGUCCUUUUACCUUCUGUAAAUUUCGUUUGGUGAUUGGGCAGUGCAAAUGUAAGCCUUUUUAGCUUCAAUUUUCCAGAUUCUGAUUCAACUCAGUAGUUGCUUCCUUCUUCCUUUCUGUCUCACUAAACCUCUCUCUGACUCUUGUCUUUUCAUUUGAUUAUCUUCUGUCCCAUAUAUUCUUCUCCUCCAUUGGCAGCAAAGUUCGAGUUGGAUGCUGUUACCACGAGAAAGCUGAAGGAAAUCACAUUUGCUUGCACCUGUUAUGUUUGUUUCUUUUUUGUGUGUAAUUUGUCUUUCAAACCUGCGUGGAAGGAUCUAUCUUAUUUCCUUUGGUGUUUCUUUUGCUACAUCUGCAUCUUUGUUUUCUUGUAAUGACCUUUUUUAGCUGAAAUUGUGAGAUAAUGCUAUUUAUCUUUGUUUGCACCUUAUUAGUGAUAGCGAUAAUACUACAAAAGAGUAGUUUGAUUUAUAAAUUUUGGUACAUUUC